GCUCGUGCCGCCGGUCAGCGCUGAGGAAGGUGAACGCGUUCAUUCGGAGGGAGGCGGGCAGGUGCCGCGCUGCCCCGCGGCCGCCCGUCGGCUUCCCCACCGCGAAAGGCGGCAGCGAGAGAACGGCUCCGGAUCCGCCCGGCGCGGCGGCGGCACCUCCGGAACGUCGCCGCGCUGUGAGGACAAAGCACUGCAUGCGGCGCUCGAUGGCGGCCCGGCUUCACCCCGCCGUGCGCUUCGGAGCCCCGCGCCGUCCUGCGCGAGGGUUUGGCGUCGGAGCCCCGAAGGCCCGGGGUGCGCGGCUCCGGAGGGGCAGAGCGGCACGGCGAUGGGCUGCUCGGGGAACAGCGCUGAUGAGAAAUACGUGCACGGCUGCUCCAGCCCCGCGAUGUCUGAGCUGAAAGCGUUGGUAUUGCUGCCGCACCGAAGCGCUGCUUGUUUGCUUAUUUGAAAGCUAAUUCUGCUUUCUAUUGCAAGUGUAAGAAGUGAGCAGUUCGGGUGGUGUUUGCUGUGUUGCUCCACGGUAGGAAAGGAAAACGUGCCGUACAAUUGGGGAUGGAUAACAGGAGCGACAUAGGAGGUGCAGAAGCAAAACCUGGGCUGGAACGUGUAUCGCUCACACGGCUCGAACACCGCGGCAGGGAUCUCACAGCCUGUGCUGAGCUGAGCUCCAGCCCAAAGGCCCCGCGGUGGCUGCGCUGUGCCUGCGUGCAGCGGCUCCCACAGCGCCGGGUGGGUCGGGGGCUGCAGCGCGGGCUGUGUGAGCAACACGGUGUUCCCUGAGCGGUGCAGCUCAUGGCGGCUGCGUUCUGGGCAGUGUCUCGCAUUCAGCUCUGUGUGCCCCGUGAUAACGCUGCUCCCCAGUGAUGUAUUCUCUGAUAAUUGAGCCUCACGGCAGCAUUUCUCAUGCCCCGUACCUUUCUCUCCCCUCUGCUUGUUCAGAUGCCACCGUUGUUCCUUUUGGGUCUGCUCAGAGUUGAGCAAAGGCAGCGGAUGGUGCUGGGGUUGUCCUCAUAAACGGCAGCGCGGCUCCGUGCAGUGGCUCCCAUUGGGCUGUGUCUGUGUGUCUGUGUGUCUGUGUGUCUGUGCGGGGCUCCCCUCAGCUGCUGGGGCUGCAGCGCACCUGGGGCUCCUCGUGUGUUCAUGGGAAGCACAACCACUGCAGUCACUGCAGGCCGGGGAGCACUCCCUCCCCUUCUGAGUACGUCGUCGUGCUGCCCUGGGGAUGCUCACCUAUGGGUUCCCUGUGUUGGGUGCUGCCCCUGGGCUGUGGGUCCGUACCACACGUUGCUGAGUGCUUCUCAGAACUUGACACUGUUCGUAUGUUAAUGACAGAGGUGGAAAACCAAAGUUUGAAAACGAACGUCUCACUUGCAGGUUUUUUUUCUGUUCGUUGAGGCAUGGCUGCAGCCUGUCCUGAUGCUUUUUGGUCCAUCACUUAUCCCAGGGAUCACCCAGGGGCCCUUUUCCCAUUUCCUAGUGCUGCAGCAGGGCGUAGAGCUGCCGUGGUUUGGGCUCCAUCAGCCACUGCAGUUUUUCUUAGGCAGUUCAUUUCUUGAAGCAGGCAGUGAGAGCUAUAAAACCUGCAGUUUCCCAUUGGUUGUCUGAAAUGGUUUGUGGGCUUCCCAUGUCAUCCUGUGCCAUGCUGGCAGACCCUGGUGCAGACCCAGAGCAGCAGCAGUGGCUCACUGAGGUCCCAGGGUUUGGUCCCAUUGCAGCCUUCUUCAUGGGGGUUGUAAUGAAACUUGUCUAUCGCAGUGAAUUGAUUUGAUUUUUUAAGUUACUUUGUUCUGAGUAACCAGAGAUGGAGGAGCAGCUCCUCUCUGGCAGCAAAGCCAGUCCUUACUUCGCCUAAAUCUGCUUCUCGUUGUCCUGGUAACAGCGAAUGCUCGGCUGAGUGAGCAGCUGCACUGAGUGCUGCAGAGUGGGAUUCAGGCCGGGGAUGGGGCUGAGGGCCCUGCAGCAGAGAAGCAGAUUUGGCUUCGCAUGGUUAUGGCUCCUUCUGCUGGGUCCUGGAGGUGUGACAGAGGAGUUUGGGUGCUGUGGGUGAUGCUUAGCACCUAAAAACUAACCUGAGGUAGAUAAUGAAAAAUAUACCUGAAAUGUGAUUCUCUCUAAAGGUGGAAAAAUCUCGGUAGAGCGUUUAAAUCUUCAUAGGUUGACCAUCCCAGCACCUUUUAUGCAAUUGUUUCAGAGCAGACGCAGAUGUGCUCUGGGUGCCGCGGGGGCCUCGAUGUGGGCGGGGGUCUCAGUGCAGCGCUGAGCAGCUCUCCUUGGCGCUGCCAUCGCGCGGCUCCGGGAGCAGCAGCGCAGGGAUCUGCUAUGAAGGAAGCUGGGGAGCAGCCCUUGUGCCUUCCCUGCUCCCGGUCUGCGUGGCUGGAAAGCAGUUUGUUCUCCUCGCGAAGGUCUGUGAAGCUCUUCCACUUGGCACCAGCUGAGCUGUGAUUACGUUCCUCUUCCUCGAGUGAAUGUCAGGAGCUCGUUAGAGGCUGUGGCAAAGUCAGUCACUUCUCAGCACAGGCAGAUUGUUGGGUUCAGAAUCGGAGACAAAUGUGCUGAUUUUGAUUGCUACUAAAAAAAACCCCAGCCUCGUUGUGCUGAUGAAAUUUCGUCUAGAUCUUUCCUUCUGCCCCUUCCAACCCAAACCAUUCUGCCAUUCCGUGAUGCUCUGUGCGCCUCAACUUCUUCCAGAAAGCAUUUCUGAGGCUGUGCUCAGUGUGCCAGCAGCCCCGGUGGGCAGUAAAAUUGCUCUGAGUCCUAUUGCAGCGCUGCCAGUUGUUUUUUUUUUAUUGCAGUUGAGCAAAGUUUUAAACAGUCAUUAAGACGUUUGCAUAAAAUGUAUUUUUAACUCACACAGCAGUGGCCUUUAGUGCACCCAUGGGGAGUGUGACAUUCGGAGCUAUCCAACAUCUGCGUGUACCUUCAUUUUAUAAGGCUUGAUGAUUGCAAAGUGAUUUCUCGGAGCUUAAUUUUACAGUCAGUGGUCUGUAUACACAGUGAGCAAAAAAGGUAAAUAUUCUGCUCUGUUAACUCUCAAGGGGAGGAUGUGUGCACAGGGCAGUCCCAGCUGUGGGCAAAGAGAGUCCCUGCAGGGGGCACAGUCUUUGUAUUUGGCUUUUGAAGUGUCAUCGUUGGGGCACAUUGCAGCCCUGCUCUGAUUUCCCCACCUGUGCUCAGUGUCCCCUCUCCCCAUCCCCGCUCCCUGGACGUUCAGGUCGCUGCCCGCCCUGCUCUGUUGCUCCCCGUCUCCUGGGGCGGCUGCUCCCGCUGAGCAGAGCUGGGCAGAGCAGGGAGAUCUGCAAGCUUUAGAAAACAUAACAAAGAAAGUCCCAGGGAAACACCUAAUCUGAAAAUAAUGCCUUGGGCGAAGGCUGCUGGUGCAGUAAACCAUUCCUGUCUGCUGGGCAGGAGUACAGCCUGUGUUCCUUCUCCUGUGUUUCCAGUCUCUUCCUUCUCUCCGAGUGCUGCUGUGUUCUCCCCAUUAUUCCUUUCCAUCUUCCCCUCCCCGCCGCCAUUCCCAGUGACCCCCCCAGCACUAAUUGCACAAUGCAGUGAGGUAGUUGUGUCGCUGGCAACUACCUAAAGAAAACAGACUGUGUUGCAUGGACACCUCCACGUCGGUAAACGCUGAGUGACGUCCGAGGCCUGGCGCUGCCUUUCCAGUCGUGGUAGAGUUUGCAGAAGCAUGGACAUCCGCAACAACCUGACCCGGCUGAGCUUGCUGGAGAACUGCACGGUGAUUGAGGGCCACUUGCAAAUCCUGCUGAUGUUUAAAACCAAGCCUGAAGAUUUCCGCGAGCUCAGCUUCCCCAAACUGACUAUGAUUACAGACUACUUGCUUCUGUUCCGUGUGUACGGCCUGGAAAGCUUAAAGGGCCUCUUCCCCAACCUCACGGUGAUCCGAGGAACCCAUCUGUUCUUUAACUACGCUCUGGUCAUCUUUGAGAUGGUUCACCUGAAGGAGAUCGGCCUCUACAACCUGAUGAACAUCACGCGCGGCGCCGUGCGCAUCGAGAAGAACAACGAGCUGUGCUACCUGUCCACCAUCGACUGGUCGAGGAUUUUGGACUCCGUCGAGGACAACUACAUCAUCGCCAACAAGGACGACAAGGAGGAGUGCGGAGAUGUGUGUCCAGGAACCGUGAAAGGGAAAAGCAACUGCCCGCCCACCGUCAUCAACGGCAUCUUCAUCGAGCGCUGCUGGACCCACGACCGCUGCCAGAGAGUUUGCCCACCUGCCUGCAAGUCCCAGGGCUGCACGUCGGACGGGCAGUGCUGUCACAGCGAGUGCCUCGGGGACUGCACGGAGCCCAACAACGCGGAGCGCUGCGUGGCGUGCCGCAACUUCUACCUGGACGGGAGGUGCGUGGAGACGUGCCCCGCCGGGCACUACCGCUUCGAGGGCUGGCGCUGCGUCACCUUCAGCUUCUGCCAGGAGCUGCACAACAAGUGCAAGAGCGCCCGCGAGUCGGGCUGCCACGUCAUCCACAACAACGAGUGCGUCCACGAGUGCCCGUCGGGGUACAUCAUGAACUCCAGCAACUUGCACUGCACUCCCUGUGCAGGGCCGUGUCCAAAGGUUUGUGACUAUGGGAAAGAGAAGACUAUCGAUUCGGUGACGUCGGCACAGGAGCUCCGUGGCUGCACAGUUGUUAAUGGAAGCUUGGUUAUAAAUAUCCGUGGAGGAAAUAACAUAGCAGCUGAGCUAGAAGCGAAUCUUGGCUUGAUAGAAGAAAUCUCAGGUUACCUAAAAAUCCGCCGGUCUUAUGCCUUGGUGUCUCUUUCUUUUUUUCGUAAACUACAUCUGAUUAGAGGAGAAACAUUAGAAGCUGGAAAUUAUUCAUUCUAUGCCUUGGACAACCAGAAUCUUCGCCAGCUCUGGGACUGGAGUAAACACAACCUCACGAUAGCACGAGGCAAACUCUUCUUCCAUUACAAUCCCAAACUGUGUUUGUCAGAAAUCCACAAGAUGGAGGAGAUCUCUGGGACUAAGGGGCGUCAGGAGAGGAAUGACAUAGCCCUGAAGACGAACGGUGACCAAGCUUCCUGUGAAAAUGAAUUGCUGAAGUUCUCUUCCAUCAGAACAUCUCAUGACAAGAUCCUGUUGAAGUGGGAGCCAUAUUGGCCUCCUGAUUUCCGUGACCUCCUGGGAUUUAUGCUCUUCUACAAAGAGGCUCCAUACCAAAACGUGACGGAGUUCGAUGGGCAGGAUGCCUGCGGCUCCAACAGCUGGACAGUGGUGGAUGUGGACCCACCGCCGCGGUCCAACGAGCCCAAAGCCCAGGCCCAGCCAGGCUGGCUGCUGCGGGGCCUGAAGCCAUGGACACAGUAUGCUGUGUUUGUUAAAACUCUGGUCACCUUCUCAGAUGAACGAAGGACAUACGGCGCGAAGAGUGAGAUCAUCUAUGUCCAGACCAACGCUACAGUUCCGUCAGUCCCGUUAGAUCCAAUUUCUGUUUCCAACUCUUCGUCCCAAAUCAUCCUGAAGUGGAAGCCGCCCUCAGAGCCCAAUGGCAACAUCACGCACUACCUGGUGUUCUGGCAGCAGCAGGCAGAAGACAGUGAGCUUUAUGAACUCGAUUACUGCUUAAAGGGAUUAAAACUGCCCUCAAGGACGUGGUCUCCUCCUUUUGAAUCUGAAGACCCUCAGAAGUAUAACCAAAGUGAAAGUGAGGAUGUCAGUGGAGAAUGCUGUUCCUGUCCUAAAACCGACUCACAGAUCCAGAAGGAGCUGGAGGAGUCUGCUUUCCGCAAGACCUUUGAGAACUACCUGCACAACGAGGUGUUCGUCCCCAGGCCAUCAAGGAAGAGAAGAGACCUGGGCUCCGUUGCAAAUGCCACCGUGGUGAUCCCCACCAUCCCGUCCUCUCCAAACUCUUCUGCAGCCGCAUCUGAGAGUGCAGAGGAACAGAAACCAUUUGAAAAAGUGAUGUUCAAGGAGUCCAUGGUGAUCUCUGGACUGCGGCACUUCACAGGGUAUCGCAUUGAGCUCCAUGCCUGCAACCACGAUGCUCAGGAGUCCCGGUGCAGCGUUGCAGCUUAUGUCAGUGCCAGGACCAUGCCAGAAGCUAAGGCAGAUGACAUCGUUGGUCCAGUCACCCAUGAACUGGUUGAAAAAAACACCGUGCAUUUGAAGUGGCAGGAACCCAAGGAGCCAAAUGGCCUUAUUGUGCUGUAUGAAGUGAAUUACGGCCGACUGGGGGAAGCAGAGGAAGCUCACUUCUGUGUGUCCCGAAAGCACUUUGCCAGCGAGCAGGGCUGCAAACUGCGUGGGCUGCAGCCUGGAAACUACAGCGUCCGGAUCCGAGCGACGUCGCUGGCUGGGAACGGCUCCUGGACUGAGCCCACCUACUUCUAUGUGGCUGAUUACUUGAACGCUCAGCCUAAUAUUGCUGUUAUCAUAGUUCCGAUUAUUUUUGCCAUAAUCAUUGCUGGAAUUAUUGGAGCUGCUUACGUGCUCGUGAAAAAGAGACAAACUGAAGGACCAACAGGGCCACUCUACGCGUCCUCCAACCCCGAAUACCUCAGUGCCAGUGAUGUGUACGUUCCUGAUGAGUGGGAGGUCCCACGGGAAAAGAUCACUCUGCUCCGUGAGCUGGGCCAGGGCUCGUUUGGGAUGGUGUACGAGGGGAUUGCCAAGGACAUCGUGAAGGGAGAGCUGGAGACCCGCGUGGCUGUGAAAACGGUGAACGAGUCGGCCAGCCUGCGGGAGCGCAUCGAGUUCCUCAACGAAGCCUCUGUGAUGAAAGGCUUCAGCUGCCAUCACGUGGUUCGCCUCCUCGGGGUGGUUUCCAAGGGCCAACCCACGCUGGUGGUCAUGGAGUUAAUGGCUCAUGGGGACUUGAAAAGCUACCUCCGCUCUCUGAGACCCGAUGCUGAGAAUAACCCUGGUCGUCCACCACCAACACUGAGAGAAAUGAUCCAGAUGGCUGCGGAGAUCGCCGAUGGCAUGGCCUACCUGAAUGCCAAAAAGUUUGUUCACAGAGAUCUGGCAGCUCGGAACUGCAUGGUUGCAGAGGACUUCACUGUAAAAAUUGGAGACUUUGGCAUGACCAGAGAUAUCUACGAGACGGAUUAUUACCGAAAGGGUGGCAAAGGACUUCUGCCUGUGCGCUGGAUGGCGCCCGAAUCGUUGAAGGACGGCGUGUUCACAACGUACUCAGAUGUGUGGUCAUUUGGUGUCGUCCUUUGGGAGAUAAGCAGCUUAGCAGAGCAGCCAUAUCAGGGACUCUCCAACGAACAGGUGCUGAAGUUUGUGAUGGAUGGAGGAUACCUGGAUCAGCCGGACAACUGCCCAGAGAGGCUGCACAACCUGAUGCAGAUGUGCUGGCAGUACAACCCCAAGAUGCGCCCCACCUUCAUUGAGGUCAUUGAGAUGCUGAAGGAGGAUUUGCACCCCAGCUUCCAAGAGGUUUCCUUCUUCUACAGCGAGGAGAACAAACCUCUGGAAACAGAGGAGUAUGAGAUGGACUUCGAGAACAUGGAGAGCAUCCCCCUCGAUCCCUCCUCGUACACACAGAGGGACAAAGCCCUGGGGAGGGACAAUGGGCCCUCCAUGGCCCUCAAGGGGAACUACGAGGAGCACAUACCUUACACUCACAUGAACGGUGGCAAGAAGAACGGGCGGAUCCUCUCCAUGCCCAGGUCGAGUCCUUCCUAACGCCUCCUGUUGGCCCAAGGGUUGUGUCUGCUUUUCUCCCCUCCACAGAUCUCAGGACUCUUUGUUAUUGCUGCCACAGUGUAUGACACACAUCUACAAACUCUUCAGAUUUUUAAUCAUCUUACGAUUAAUACUUUUUUUUUUCCUUUUUUGCCAAGUUGACUGGUUGUCAGUGGACUUAUCUGUGAACAUAAAUGGAAGAGGUUUCCAUGGCUGCUCUCCUUUCUGUAACCAUGGUUUCAAAACAGGAAGCGACCGUGUCAGUCCAACUGAAGGAGGAGCAUCUGCGUUUGCCAACAACAGCCGUGAAAUUCGCCGCUAUCUGAGCUGCGGUGUAACGGUGUGGAACAAACCUCAGCGGGACAGAAACGUCUCCAGGAGAAUUCCAGGCUUCAGGCAUCCUCGUCACUACAGCCGAAGGGUUCAACACAGCGGUCAGACGCGCCAGAUCCUCAAUUGACCAAGAGCUGCUGCUUUCGUACUUUUGCAAUGGGUUAAAGCCCAGGGGUGCGUGCGUGUGCGUGCGUGUGUGCAGUAUAUAUACGUGGGGUGUAUAUGUAUAGCAAAAUAUACACUUCUGGUUUUUGUACAUAAGUUUUGUAUGUUCUCACGGAAGCUUUCCUCUUCUCGGAAGCGUGUACUUCUCUUUUUCCCAUUUCCCUGGAGUGACCGAAUCCUACACAGAUUAUUUUUAUACUGAGGACUCUUGGGAGUAGGUUUUCUCUCAUUAAGCAAUGAGGAAAAUACGCUGAGAGCCAAAGGAGCAGAAAUCUGAGAUUUAUGGGUCCUUUCAAGACCAAACGAAGUAGGAGUCCCCAGACCUGAGAUACCGUUUUCUGUCCUUACAGCAUCGAGUAUAUAUAUUGUUUGUUGUAACAUAUUUAAAAUGUCUUCAGUUUAAAUUUUAACUUCAUAUAAAUUAUUGACUGUUUAUGGUCCUUUCGAGGAGGGGAGAGUUCGGGGGAUUGUUUGGUCUUAAAGUGGUCCAAAGAUUUCAGAAGGAACUAAUUUUAGCCGGUUACCCUUUUAGGAGCUAUGAAGUACAUGUUAGGUUUAUACUUGACAAGGCUUUGUAAAACACUUUCAAGAUUUAUACAGUGCAGUGCAUCGGCCCCGGGCGCAGCGCUGCGCAGCGGUGGCGGCUCUGGUUGGGCUGCGGGGCCCCGCCGAGUGCUGCUCCUGCUGCUGCUUCACCUCGCUGCCCUCGUGCCUCCCCUGGGCGCUGUGCCGGAGCUGCGGGGCUGCAGGAGCUCUGCCCACACAGGGGACGUGGAUGGGGAAGCGGGUCUCUGUGUGGAGCGGGGCCUGGAUGGGACUCAGCUCUCCCCCUGCCCACGUGUUUCCCCAGCCGUGCGUUGGUGGCCAAUGUCGACUUUCAUUGUAUGGACCGAGCUUCGUUCUGCUGCUGUUUGCAUGAAAGACAGAGCUGAUAAGCACAAGUGUCAGAAAACGAAGCGUGUCUCAAUCUGAUGAGGGAGCGUGCUGGCAGGGAGAUGCUAACAGCAGAAUGCAGAGGUUACCAACAGAGAGCCCAGAGCCCCCUGUGCCCCGGCAGGGACAUCGUGGGGUUGGGGCACUGCGAGCAUCCGUGUGUGGGCAGAGCCUCUGCUUUCCAAAGGCCUCGUUUACAUUAUUCUGCUUUCCCACGCAGUCACUGUCCAGCAGCUCUGUGCUACACUGCAGGAAAGAAGACAUAUUCUCACACUUUUCUAAGGAAGAGAAGUUUUUCUUACUAGAAUUUUUUUAUUUAUUUUAAUAUAUAGAACACUGUAAAAAAAAAAAAAAAAAAAAAAAAAAAAGAAUCAAUUUGUUAAAGAAAACACGCAGAAUCUGUAAAUUUGUAUCCGUAAAAUUGGGGCAGGUGGAUGUGGUGGGGUUGUUUUGUCCUGUUCUGGUGCAGUCUACCUCAGUGUUUCUUAAGGAUAUUUUUAAUACUGCGCACCUCAAAACCUGUUCCGAUGUUGUGGGCUGGACCUGUUGGGGGUCAGGGAAACCAGUAUCAGCUGAUCCCAAUUCUGGGGCCGGAAGGGAGAGGAUGGAGCAGCUCCAUCACUGCUGAUCGCUGUUCUUAGCUGUAGUGACCAAAGGAAACUGCUUCCAGCUCCGAAUGCACAGCAGCAAAUUUGGAUCUGAAACUCUGAUAUCAUCUUAGUUCUGUUGCGAUUGGAAAAAAACAAACACUGAAAGAGACCCAUUUAAAUGGACGCUGUGAACAGAGGGGCAGGCGGCGGUGAGCCCUCCCUGUUGUUCUGCCAUCUCAAAUCGCAGUGGUUGUAACUGCAGGAAUGGAGCACUGUUUGCACGGGGCCUGCGCUGGCUCUGCAGCUCAGCUGAUACCAGUGGGCUCUGCGGGCACACAGCGCUCCAGUCGCCCAGUGCAGGGCUGUGUUUGGGCCUUGCAGGCGUGCUGUGCACUCACGUCCUCUCCGCACUGAGAGCAGCAGAGGUCGGACCCAGUGCUCUGCAUGGCAGCCCCUCUGCUGCCCUUCCUGCAUUGCUCCUGGCCAGGAGCGGCGCGGGGCACCCAAGGGAGGAUGUCCUCAGCCGCAGCGCUCCGCCCUGACGGAAACAAACAGCCCAACAGUUGUCAUUCGUGGCUGUAAAAGAUGAUGCUCAGCUGCGGGAUUAGGAAGAGCAAAGGAACGUCGUCAUAGAGCCUGGCUCUGAGUUCGGGAAAACCCUCUGCAACCAGCUGCCACGUGAGGCCCUGCCUGCAGGGCAGCUCAGCAUGGUGCAGGGUGCUCCGGGCUGCCUGCAGUGCCGGUGUCACACAGAGCUGCAUGCAUUGCGGAGCAGCCGCAGCCCUAUGGGAGCAGCAAGAGGUGCCCCGAGCAGCUGCAGCAUUGCGGCUUUGAAAGCCAGCAGAGCAGGAAGCCACGGCACUGCUUUGCUCUGUGCUGUCAGCAGGUGUUGUGCAGGGCUGGAGGGGUCCCAGAAACAUCUGUGUGUUCCAUUCAGUGCCCGCCUCCCAAACGCCUCUUGCAAACCCAGCACUUCUCUUGCCGUACAGCGCAGCAUUGCAAAGCUUGUCUGCGAGGUUAAAAGCCCAUCGUGGCUGCUUGUAAAUACUGAUUGUGUUGUAAAAUAGAAGAGCUCAUUGUGUGAUAUUGCAAACUGUCUGCCAGCUCUGGGUUGGGAAACGUGGUAGGAAAUAGACCAAGCUGCAAGGAGGUGUUCUGUGCUGUGUGCGUAGGGAAGAGGCUGCUCGAUGCUUGCUUAAGGGUACUCGAAAUUUGUGGGUAGUAGAUCUCUUUCCUCCUAAAUUUGUAUUAUAGUAAUGGGGCACUUUGCUUAAUUUUACUUUUGUUGCGUUUAAUGUUGGUAUCUCUUUGGAAAAAGUUGCUUACUGUGUUACUGACUGAAGGGUGAUGAAGGAGAAUAGCAAACAGGAGCAGGAAGGGGCUGUGGCAGUUACCCCUGAGCCCCCAUGGUAGGGGUGGCAGAGGGCCAUGGCGUUCCCUUAGCAUCGCUGUGAUGCGGAUCCAAACCCUGAGCUCCUCCAGGGCUGUCACUGCCAGCAGUGAUACCCAGUAGUGAGCCUGGCACCUCACGUGGGGUCAGAGAGGAGGAUGGCAUUGUGCCACAGCACCCCGCUGCGCUCCGGGGGAAGGGGCUCUCGGAUGGGUUGGAAGUGACUUCGGAACUGUGUGAAAUUCAAAGCUGGAUUCGUUCAGCAUUUGUAUGAACUGAAUUAAUUGGGCCUUUUUAUCACCUUCUGCUUGCUCUGCGGUGGCUCCACUCGGACGUGCGGAGGAGUGGGACUUUUCAAUGCGAUUUGGGAGCUGCCGGUUUUACCAGAUCUGCUGUCGUUCAAUGUGCAUUUCUUUUUAAAAUUAAAUGCUUGUCCUUCUCAGAAGUAAGCACUUACUCUCGCAGGUUCAGCAAAAUAACUGCAGCACAAUGCAAGCGAUAGGGGGACGGGUCGAGAAAUGACGUUUAAAAUAUUGUAUAAUAAAGUUAGUAUUAACUCCUACAGCAUGGUCACGUUUUUUGCCUACGCACAGUGCUGCAGCACGGGGGGGUGGGGGGCUCAGCAAAGCCCUGCUGACCCCAGGCUCCCACUGUGCAGCACUGGGUGGGUUUGCAGCCCCAGCGCUGGCGUUCAUGGAGCUCUGUGUUACCCAACAUUCUGAGCCGGCCUCUUCCCAAAGCCCUCCCUCCAAAUCCGCGUUGCUUCGAACGCCCGUUGUUUCCAAACUCUUCUCCCAUCACCUGCAAAGCAGCCGCUGGCAACUCUUAGGCUGUUUGAAAAAGGUGAGCUGUGAUGGAAAGCGCCGCAUUUUGCUCUGGUUUGCAAAGCGCUGCUGUUUGUGGGCAGCAGAGUCCAACACAGCCUGAAGGGCUGCAUGGGUGCACACAGCCAAAGGCAAACACUGCUCUGCCUGCAGCCGCCCUGAGUGCUGUGGCAGUGCUUCACUGUGCUGCUCCCACCUUCCUCGCCGCAUAUCUGAGCUCACAGCAUGCAGAUUGUAUUGCAGACCGCAUUGCAGACCCCUCUUGGAUGAAAUAAAGGAUCAAAUGUGCCGUGGUUAAAAAAGAGAAACGGAAAAAACCCUCCAACCCUCCCCUUUAUGUUAUCAUUGUUUUCAUAUGUAAGAGCCGAGCAGUGACGUGUACAGAAAAUAACGUUGAGUAUUAAGAGAACCCCCUUGCUGUGUGACAGAAUGUUGAGCAAUUGACGGUUUAUAUUAAAAUUCUGAAUAAAUUAUCCAAGAAUAACUUCCAUUUGGUUUCU